AUGGUGGCCGCGGACGGAGGCGCGAUAGCCUCGGAGCCCCCGACGGGGCGUCGAGCCAAGCGGACCAUCCGUGCGCCCACCAAAUUCGUCGACGAAGACGGAUUCAACGACGCCGAUCUUCAGCGCGCGCUCAAGGCGAGCAUGAAGCACGUCCGCCGGGUCUCCUCGACGACGGUGCCGGAGUGCCCGGUGUUCCGCCCGACCGCGGAGCAGUUCGCCGAUCCGUUCGCCUACAUCAAGAGCAUCACGCCGGAAGCCAUGCCCUACGGCAUCGCGAAGAUAAUCCCCCCCGAAGGAUGGAAGCCCCCGUUCAACGAGGAAGCCGGCGGCGACGGCAUUCCCUUCGAUACUAAGCUGCAGACCGUCAACCGCCUCCAGGAAGGGCUCCACUUCGAGGACGGCGAGAGGUACACGCGCGAUUCGUACCGUGACAUGGCUGACGCGUUCAAGAGAAAGUACCUGGAGACGCAUCGGCGCGUGGCGGACGAGACCGAACGGCUGAGGAGGGAGAACCGCGGUUGGAGCGACGACGCGUGCGAGGCGAGAGCGCUGGAAGAGGAGUUCUGGAGGAUCGUCGAGACGGACGUCGAGAAGAUUCGCGUCGAGUACGGAAGCGAUCUAGACGCGGACGUGUACGGCAGCGGGUUCGCGAAGGUGCCGCUCGGGUCGGCAUCCGCCGCCGCGGGUGCGACGCCGGACUCGGAUUCAGACGAGGACGGCGGCGUGCCGCACGCGUGGGACUUUGGCGAGCUCAUCAGGCACCCGUCGAACCUUCUCCGCGUGGUGGGCGGGGACAUACCGGGCUUGACCCGGCCGUGGCUGUACUUUGGCAUGAUGUUCAGCGCGUUUUGCUGGCACGUCGAGGAUCACUACCUGGGGUCCGUAAACUACAUGCACGCGGGCGCGCCGAAGACGUGGUACGGCGCCCCGACGCACGCGGCGGAUGCGUUCGAGCGCGCGGUGAGGGACAUCGUCCCGGGGAUCUUCAAGGACGCACCCGACUUGCUGCAUCGGCUGGUCACGCUCGUGCCGCCGGCGGUGCUCGGCGAGGGACACGGAGUGCCGGUGUGCCAGACGCUGCAGCGCGCGGGCGAGUUCGUGGUGACGUGGCCGAGGGCGUACCACGCGGGGUUUUCGCACGGCUGGAACGUGGGCGAGGCUGUGAACUUCGGCACCGCGGACUGGGUCCCGAUGGGCAGAGCCGCCGUGAACGACUACCAGCACGGCGUCGGCAAGCGAGACUCGAUCUUCUCGCACGAGAAGAUGAUUCUGGACACCGCGAAGGCGUUCGUGCGGCGGUACGGGUACGGCGACGGGUCAUCGCGGGAGGACCAGUCGCUCAGGGCGCCGUGGAUCGCGAGGAUGGCGGACGCCCUUCGCGCCGAGCUCCAGAUUAUCGAAAAAGAGCAGAGGGCGGGGAGAGCCGUCGUGACGUCAAAGGGUGUCAAGGAGGUUGCCGGGAAGGAGAACGAGGCUUCCAAACACGAGGACGAGGACGAAAACUGCGCGCUUUGCAAGGCGAUGCCUCACCUCGCCGUCGUGCACUGCGCCCGUUGCUUCGAAAUCGCCGAAAAGAUCGAGUUCGAGCAGGCUGUCGCUCGGGCGAGGGCGGAGGGCCGGAGCGCCGCCGGCGCCGCGUGGGCGCUUCAGGGCGGAUCGUCUUCCGAGCGUCUCCGGCGGAUGGGGCGGUACCACAGGCGGCGCAGGCGCAACCGGCCGGUGUUCUGCCUCGGGCACGCGCUGGACGGAAACUGCGGGCACGGCGUGACGGAACUCGUGAUGACGACCAACGCGUCGAUGGACGAACUCGAGCGGGUGCUCGGCGCCCUUCAGAAAUAA